AUGAGUUCAACAAGUUCUGCAACCAAGCCGCGAAAGCGCGAUCGCUUCAAAGAGAAGCUCCUCUCGAAAUUCAGAUUCGGAUCGCAUUCGAAUUCGCCUACUCCUUCGAUUCCUCAGUCUGGCUCAAGUUCCAUUCGAGACCUCAGCCUGGAUGUACCUGGGAGACAAGGCGAGACUGCGGCGCCCACCGAGAACGCACCUCAAAGUGCCACUGUUCCCCAGACCAACGAGGGAGGCCAGGUUGUCAUCGGGGGCGCCCUAUCCGUGCGCGAUGGUGGAGUUCAGCCAACUGGAACCCCGUCCGUUGACGAGGUGGCUCACACUCGCCACCAGAGCUCGGUCGACGCACCGCUUGCGCCCACCACACGCACCAACCCUGUCACAGACACGCCGGUCAUGCCCAGCGCCGACGGAGGCAAUUCCACCACCCCUGCGAUUGCGACGAACGAAGGAUCAGUGUCGUCGGCUGCACGCACGAUCUUCUAUGGCACCAAGGAAGUCUUGCGGGUUAUCAAGGAGACCACCGAUGUAUUCCCCCCGGUCAAAAGCGUCGCUGCUGCGAUGUUGGAAAUCCUGAACAUACUGGAUACUGUUGAUGGCAAUCGCGAUGAGGUCAAGAAGCUCGGCAGUCGCCUUGAAGUCCUCAAGGACAUCCUCAAGUCUUGCCCUACCACGGGCGUGGAGCAAUCGGUUCGAGAUCGACUGGAUGGCUUAGCCAGGAUGCUCCAACAAAAGGCGUCGGAGAUGAAGAAGAAAUUGGAUGAUUCGAUAGGGAAGCGGGUGUUUAAUGCGACGGAGGAUCAGAAGGAGAUUAAGCAGGCUGUUGAAGAGGUCAGGUUCGCGAUCGAGGUUGCGAUGGUAUCGUCCUUCUCGCUCUGCUCCACAGUGCAGCUUCUGAUACGAGUUCAGUUUGACAUUAGUAUUUCGGACCACAAGGCAACCCUUAAGGUGGCGGAGGGAAUGGGUUGGGUGAAGGAUAAAGUGGUGGAGACGAGGGAUAUGGUCGCUGGAACAAAGGAAGUCGUUGAAUGGUUGAAGAAGAACGAACACCUCAAGAGGAUCAAGACCGUUGCUGGAGCCGAGUUCAAGCAAGAGAACCGCCAAGGAUGUAUCCCCGGAACCCGAGUCGCGCUUUUGGCGAACCUACUCUGCUGGGCCAAAGACCCGACCUCCCUUCCCAUCUUCUGGCUUUGCGGCAUGGCCGGUACUGGCAAGACGACGGUGUCAGAGUCCCUCUGCGCCCUACUCUACGCGGAAGGUCUCCUCGGGGCCAGUUUCUUCUGCUCGUUGGACCACGACGCCCGAAGCGAUGUCCAGUGCAUUAUCCCAUCCCUUGCCAGGGCCCUUGCAAGGGUUCGCCCAAAGUUCGCGGAGCAAUUGGUUAAGGCGCUCGAAUCCGACGAGUGCAGUGACCCCAUUGCUAUGAACUUCGAAGAUCAGUAUCGCGUGCUCAUCCUCGAGCCUGCGAGAGCCGCAUUUGGGCCUGACGAGUUGGUGGUCCUCGGCAUCGACGCCCUUGAUGAGUGCACCGACAAGCGCAAGCUCAAGAAGCUCCUAGACACCAUCGUGUCUCAGAAGCUCCCGCCAUCGCUCAAAGUCUUCUUGACCAGCCGCCCUGACGUCGUUGUAGAAGACGUGUUCCACUACCACCAAAAAUAUCCGGAGCUUCUGCACUUGCACGACGUCGAGGAACAUAUCGUCGAAGCCGAUAUCACCGUCUAUCUGCACUAUCGCCUCUCGCAACUCGUACGCCUUCGCGAUCAUGUCCAGCCAGAGGAUGUCCAGGCCCUCGCCAAGCGGUCUCAAAAGCUCUUCAUCUUUGCCGCAACUUUGGCCAAUUACCUCGAGGAGUACCGCGCAGGCAACGUCGUCCGGCUGUUCCGCGACCUCUGUUCGUCCGAAGAAUCGUCGUUGUCCACCAGUCGUCUGGAUUCGCUGUACCGGCUGUAUGGGCGCGUCAUGUCGCAGGCAUUUGAAGGGCUGGAACCGGUGGACGCUCAGAACGCGUUUGUGUGUCUGUCGUUGCUCCUCGUUGCACUGCAUCCUCUGUCUGUUUCAGACUAUGCCGACCUUCUCGGAAUGGAGAACGACGAUGUUCGCUGCGCCUUCCAAGGCAUGCGAGCUGUCAUCCAGGUGCCAGGAGACGACCACCGACCCAUCAGCAUCCUCCACGCAUCCUUCGCUGACUACCUCACCACCGACAACCCACAUCGCCGACGUGAAUGGGCUAUCGAUCGAUGUUCGGCAAACGAAAUGGCUGCUCUUCGUUGCUUCACUGUGAUGGAGAAGGAGCUGAGGCUGGGUAUCUCGGGUGCGGCGACAUCGUACAAGUCGAACAGCGAGCAGCCGAAACCGUUGCGCAUUGCAUCUCAUCUGGCGUAUGCCUGUACGGCGUGGGGUAAUCAUGUCCUUGGCAUGGCCACAGCAACAGGAGGUUUAUUGGAUGAGGUUCGAGAACGAUUGGACGAGUUCCUGGUGGGGAAAUCACUGUAUUGGUUGGAGGUGCUGAGUGUGGAGAAGAAGGUGGAUUACGCCUAUGAUACCUUACCCCACAUUGCAAAGGCUCUACCAGCUCUGUCUCAUAAUACCCGAGAUCGCCUCACGGCUAUCGCAACAUUUUCAUCCACGUUCCGGACUCCCAUCAGUCAUAGUGCUCCCCACCUCUACCACUCUGCCCUACCUGCCUAUAUUGCCUCGGAGCCAUCAUUAUGGUUCCAUCCCCAACUUGCUGCAGUUCCCUCACUCUCCUACUCAUAUCAAAGAAGGCAGUUAUGGACAAGUCAUGUUGGUGGAUCCGUGUGGUGUGUUGCCUUCUCCCAAUCUCGGAGCCUCCUUGCCUCUGGGUCCGAGGACAGGACCAUCUGCCUGUGGAACCCCCAGACUGGGGAGGCACUGGGUGAGCCUCUGAAAGGGCACAGUCGUGGGGUCACCUCUGUUGCCUUCUCCCCAGAUGGGACCCUCCUUGCCUCUGGGUCGGGGGACCAGACCAUCCGCCUGUGGAACCCCCAGACUGGGGAGGCGCUGGGUGAGCCUCUGCAAGGGCACAGUGCUUGGGUCACCUCUGUUGCCUUCUCCCCAGAUGGGACCCUCCUUGCCUCUGGGUCAUGGGACAAGACCAUCCGCCUGUGGAACCCCCAGACUGGGGAGGCCCUGGAUGGGACCCUCCUUGCCUCUGGGUCCGAGGACAAGACCAUCCGCCUGUGGAACCCCCAAACUGGGGAGGCCCAGGAUGGGACCCUCCUUGCCUCUGGGUCCGAGGACAAGACCAUCCGCCUGUGGAAUCCCCUCCAAUACAAGCCCACCUACCUCCAACAUUUUGACUCCUCCAAUGUUCAAGAUCAGGUGUUGCUCCACAUGUAUCCUCCCUCCAUCUACAUGGCUCAGGAUGAUGGCUGGAUCCGCAACACAGCAGGAGAUCUCCUCUUUUGGGUUCUACCCGGAGACCGUCCCCAUCUCUUCUCCCCUGCAACCCAAUGGAAAAGUGGUGUCUUCUGCCAGCUCGAUCUGACCAAUGCAGUUCACGGAACUGAAUGGACCAAAUGCCAGGAACCGAGGCCACCAGGCGAACCACCCCAGCUGUGGCCUAUCGGGUAA